UGCUUCCAGAAAAGCAUUGACUGAAUUAGCGACGCGGCAUGAGCUUGGAUGUGUUUAAGGAGAGGGCUUGUGAGGAGAUCUUCAGCUGGACUGGAGUUUGCCACAGAACGGAAAAAUAAAGGGAGCUUGUGUCAUCAUGGACAGAGAAACUGGCUUCAAUUGCAAAAACAGCUUUUCACAGCAGCACCAGGACACAGAGUUGUUCUCAUCAGAAGAGGACAGCAGUCUCUACUUCACGUACAGCGGAGGGUGCAACCAGCUGGAAGUCAACAGCCUGCACUACGAGGUGGACACGGCUGCUCAGAUCCCCUGGUACGAGAGGUUGUCUGAGUUUAAACUGCCUUGGGAGAUAAGGGGAAACAAGCAGGUCGCCAUUAACGACCUGAGUCUGCGGGUCCGCAGCGGGCAGAUGCUGGCGGUCAUCGGCAGCUCAGGCUGUGGGAAGACAUCUCUGCUGGAUAUCAUCACCUGUCGAGAUGAGGGCGGCUCGAUGACCUCUGGUCAGGUUCUAAUUAACGGGAAGCCCAACACGCCACAGCUGGUGAAGAAGUGCAUCGCUCAUGUGCGCCAAGACGACCGCCUUCUCCCUCACCUCUCUGUCCGUGAGACUCUCAGCUUUGUUGCACAACUCAGACUCCCCACAGGCUUCAGCCAGGCUCAGAGGGACCAGAGGGUGGAUGACGUCAUUGCAGAGCUGCGUCUGCGUCAGUGUGCAAACACCCGGGUGGGAAACGACUACGUGAGGGGCGUUUCUGGUGGGGAGAGAAGAAGAGUCAGCAUAGCUGUCCAACUUCUCUGGAACCCCGGCAUUUUAAUCCUGGAUGAACCAACUUCAGGUCUGGACAGCUUCACCGCCCACAACCUGGUCAUCACCCUGUCCCGCCUCGCCAAGGGAAACCGUCUGGUCCUGCUAUCGGUCCACCAGCCUCGAUCAGACAUCUUCCAGCUCUUUGACCUGGUCGUGCUACUUUCCUCUGGAUCAGCUGUUUACUGUGGUGCAGCUCGGGACAUGGUGCCUUACUUCACCGCCUUGGGGUACCCCUGUCCACGAUACUGCAACCCCUCUGAUUUUUAUGUUGAUCUGAUCAGUGUGGACCGGCGCAGUCCAGAGCGAGAGUCCGACUGUUUGGAGAGAGUCAGACUUCUGUCGGAGCAGUUUAAGGAAAAGGUCCGAGACACCAACGACCACAUGUGGAAACCGUCUGAGACCAACGCAGCUCAAACUGACAGUCCACAGCAGCCAAGCAGGGCCGGAGAAGAAAUCAUCACCAUUUCCAAGGAAAGUAACACGCUGCCGGGGAAACUGCACCAGUUUACGAUCCUGAUCAGGCGUCACAUGUAUAACGACUUCAGAGACCUGGUCACCUUACUGGUCCACGGCUUCGAGGCCCUCCUCAUGUCACUCCUGAUCGGUGGUUUGUACUUUGGAGCAGGAGAAGAGCGUCUGAACAUUCAGGACACAGUGGCCCUCCUCUUCAUGAUCGGAGCUCUCACUCCAUUUGCUGUGGUGCUGGACGUCAUAGCUAAAUGUCACACAGAGAGGGCCAUGCUCUUCCAUGAGCUGGAGGAUGGCAUGUAUUCAGUCACCUCUUACUUCUUUGCAAAGGUCCUGGGAGAGCUCCCAGAACACUGCGCCUUCACCUUGGUUUAUGGUCUCCCCAUCUACUGGUUAGCGGGACUCAACGAGGCCCCGGACCGCUUCCUGCUGAAUUUCCUGCUGGUGUGGCUGAUGGUGUACUGCAGCAGAUCCAUGGCUCUGUUUGUCGCUGCUGCUCUUCCCACCCUGCAGAUCUCCUCCUUCACAGGCAACUCCCUGUUCACGGUCUUCUAUCUGACCGGAGGAUUUGUCAUCAGCCUGGAGAACAUGUGGUUGGUGGCUUCUUGGCUCUCCUACGCUUCAUUCAUGCGUUGGGGUUUUGAGGGCAUGCUGCAGGUGCAGUUCAGAGGCAACAAGUACCCCGUCACAAUAGCAAACCUCACAUUCAACGUCGAUGGCAUACAUGUGGUGGAGGCCAUGAAGAUGAACCAGUACCCUCUGUUCUCCUGCUAUCUGAUCCUGCUGGCCAUCUGCCUGGGCUUCAUGUUGCUCUACUUCCUGUGCCUCAAGUUCAUCAAACAGAAGUCCAGUCAAGACUGGUGAAAGCCGUGCUAGAGCUCUAGUAAUUCCACCAAAAACAAAGAUCAAAUGUUUUUUUAUGUAAAUGUGUAAGACAAAGGUUCUCAUUCGACUGGUUCGACUUGAGCUUCCACACGAUGAAUUAGUUUCAUUUCCAUGUUUUAGUGUGAUGCAUUUUACUUUCAGAACUACAUCACAACCAUUAGCUCUACUUUGAAGCUUAUUUUAAUUGAUGAUUUGGGGGAAAUAUGGAAGUUGUUCCUUGCUGCUGGGAGAAGAAACCCUCGUUCCCACUGUCUGCUGCUGGAUGGCAGCAGUGCUCUGCAUUAAGACCUCCUUCCUCCUGCUGUCAUGAAAAGUGAUUAGAGCUCUACUUUUAGCAGAUACUCAUCAGCAGCUUCUGCUUGUUCCGGUUGUUUUCAGCAGCUUUGUCUUUUUUUCCCCUAAAUGAAAGAUUACUAAGGUUUUUGUAACUGUGUGUCGGAUCUAGAGCUCUUCAAAACAAAACUACGUAUAGAUUUAGUGAGUCUCAGUUAAAAUAGAGAAAACAAACUAAUUUCCUCAUUGACUGGAGGUUAUGUAAGGUGUGUUUUUGGCACUGGUGCAAACAUAGUUGGAGUCCAAAUGACUGAAGAAAUAAAAAAUUGCUCAACAUGAA